GCAUUGAGAAUCAUCAGUGGCUUCCAAAUUAGUGAUGCAAAUUACAAGGAGGCAUGGGACCUUCUUAGGGCUCCUUAUAAAGUGUUGCGCGUUAUUGUCGAAGAACACAUUAGAGCUAGGGCGUCCUGUCGAGUUUUGGGACGACUGGUUGGUUCAUGAGGUAGUUAGCAAAUUGGCAUUCGAAACAAGGAAGCAGAGGAAGCUAUCACUCGAAAGUGAUGAGCCGCCGACUUUCGAGCAACUUACGACGUUUUUAGAGAUACGGUGUCGAUCGCUAUCGAUGCUUUCCUCGACCACAAGUACAGUGCUAACUAAAGGGAGAAUGACCUCAGUAGGUAAAACAGCGAAUUUAUUCCAUGCGAUGCAAGAGAAUAAUGCAGACUGUACUUAUUGUAGCGGCCCCCAUAAAAUUUAUAGUUGCGACAAAUUUCGAAGUUUAGACGUAAAUGCAAAAUCAAAGUUCGUAAAGGAAUCACGAGUGUGUGUGAACUGCUUAAGUCCGGGUCACUUUAAGGCUAAGUGUAACAGUGCAUCUGCAUGUAGGGUAUGCAGCCAACGCCACCACACGCUGUUGCAUAGUGUUUGUUUUGUGAACAAUGCCACAACCACUGCUCAUUUUGUAGAUGAUACGUCUCAUGUGCCCCCACACUCUGUCGCCGUCGAUGCCGCACCAAACGCGAACGAAAAUGUUUCAUCCGCUGUUAGUCCUCCAACGGACCCCGCCGCUGUACGUGUUUCACCAUGCCUGAAAUACAGCUCCAACCCGCCGCAACGAACAGAAAGGUUAGUACUAUUGUCCACCGCGUGGGUAAAGGUCCACGAUUGCGCCGGUCAUUGGCAACCCGCCCGUCUACUGUUUGAUUCCUGGUCGCAUGCCUCGUUUGUAACUGAGGCGUGCGUGCAACGCUUGGGUCUACCGCGAACAUCAUCCAACGUGCUUAUUACGGGCAUUGGGUCAACACAAGGAGGUCGAUCCAGAGGUGAGACAGUACUAACGCUUUCUUCUUUCUGUUCCAAUCGACGCUUCACAGUAAACACACUAAUUUUGCCGAAAAUAACGAACGACUUGGACGUCAUGGACCAGCUCGUUUUCUCGAAACUUCGCAAAGGUCCGUCUGGCACGCCAAUGACCCAGCGAACACUCUUUGGUUGGACGUUGUUUGGGAGUGUCGAUGGCUCUCAUCCCGCUACGCCCCGUGUGCAAUCGCUGCAUUGUGAGGUGACACUGGAAAGGGCGCUAACCAGGUUAAGGGGACUGGAGGAAGCUCCACAAAAAACGCAUCUAACACACGAUGAGAGUUUCUGUGAAAACCAUUUCGAGUCAACGCAUUGAAGAGCUUCUGAUGGUCGAUUUAUAGUUGAGCUGCCCCUGAAAUCCGAUGUACCGUUGGGGGACUCGCGAACUUUCGCCGUUCAGAACCUGAUACGCCUCGAAAGACGACUCGCCCGCGAUAACGACUUGCGUGUACGUUACAAUGAGUUUAUGCAGGAGCUCAUUGAUAUGCGUCAUAUGGAGCCUGCAUCCAAAAAUUCGAAUCCAGUCUAUUACAUGCCGCAUCAUCCAGUCGUAAAAGAGUCAAGUCGUAAAAGAGUCAGGGGUCGUAUUUAACGCAUCUGCCAAAAGCGCUACUGGAAACUCGCUCAACGACGCGUUAUUUGUCGGACCCCAGCUGCAGCAGGAUUUAUUUUCCAUUUUGACACGUUUUCGUACUCAUCGGUACGGUGUUACGGCUGACGUCGCAAAGAUGUACCGUCAAGUCUGCGUCUCCCCGAAACAUAUCGAUUUACAACGGAUCGUCUGGCGUCGUGACCCCUUACUACCGAUACAAGACUACCACAUGUUGCGCGUGACCUAUGGAGUAGCAGCGGCAUCACACCUAGCUGUAAAGUCCCUUCAACAGACCGCAAGGUACUCGUCGAACAGUUGUCAGAAAGCCGUUGCUGUCAUACUAAACGACUUUAAUAUGGACGUUUUGCUCACUGGUACAUCGUGUAGAGAAGAACUUCAGUCGCUGCAACAAAACGUUUCCGAAAUACUUAAGGAAGGUGGUUUUGAACUAAGAAAGUGGGCGUCGAAUUGCGCGAAACUAAAUAAAACUAUUUCGAACUCGUCCGAAUCUAUACCGCAUUACAUCGUCGAUGGGAAAGAUGUUCAUGCGUUGGGCCUAAUAUGGAACACGGACGAAGACCAUUUCACAUUUGCAGUAAACCUGAAGAGACUGCCCGUUAAUUUGACUAAAAGAGCGUUUUUGUCCGAUCUCAGCACACUAUUUGAUCCUCUGGGACUACUUGCUCCAGCAACCAUACGUUCCAAGAUGUGGUUUCAGGACAUUUGGCGCGUCAACUUUGGCUGGGAUGACGUUAUUCCUGACUCCGUCGCCACAAAGUGGUCAGAACAUCGCACAGAGCUGCUUCUUCUUUCAAACUUUAAAGUAAAUCGGUGGCUCGGCACCGGAAUAACUGGGUCAGUUACGGAACUGCAUGUGUUCGCCGACGCCUCAGAACGCGCUUACGCCGCCGUAAUGUAUGCGCGCACCUUACAAAAAGAUGGCACGGUGACAGUUUCGUUGAUCUCGUCGAAGACAAAGGUGCGCGGCGCACCUCGCUGCUAAAUUGGUGCGGACCGUAUU